CGGAAAUCGGCGUUUCAGAAAUUUCUAGAGUCUCGGUGUGUGUGAUUGCAACAAAAGACUGGGGUUUUUCGUGGAAAUUGGCAAGAAAAGACGCGAUAGAAGUGCAGCAGUCGCAUUGUCCUCGAAGCUUGGGAGUCCACCAACACGCUGAGUUGAGAAUUUACUGGGAAAAUGGAGGAGCAAAUCAAUGCGCUGAAGGAGAAGGGAAAUGCCGCCCUUGCUGCUGGGAAUCACGAUGAGGCCAUCGCGGCGUACACGGAGGCGCUGAAGCUGAAUGACCAGAACCAUGUAAUAUACAGUAAUCGAUCGGCGGCGUUUGUGAAGGCCGGCAAGUUCCAGGAAGCCCUGCAGGACGCCCAGAAGACUGUGAGCCUCAACCCCACGUGGGCGAAGGGGUACUCGCGUCUGGGCACGGCGCUCAGCUUCCUGGAUCGCGUCAUGGAGGCGUACGAGGCGUACAAUAAGGGGCUGCAGUUCGAUCCGAACAAUGCGGCUCUCCUCACUGGCCUGGAUGAGAUGAAGAAGCGCCUCCUCAGCGAGCUGACCAGUGAGGUGCCCAUGGACGUGGACCCGCCCAAGCCGCCGCCGCCGAAGCCCACGCCCAAGGCGGAGCCGAAGAAGGAGGAGGAGGAUCUGCCGGAGCACAAGCGCCUUGCCAAGCGAGAGAAGGAGCAGGGCAACGAGGCGUACAAGAAGCGGGACUUUGACAGAGCCGUGCAGCACUACGAGGCGGCCAUCCAGCACGACUCCACGGACAUAACGUUCUACAACAAUCUGGCGGCAGUUUACUUCGAGAAGCGCGACUAUCACAAGUGCAUCGCCGAGUGCGAGAAGGGAAUCGCCAUCGGGCGGGAGAACAGGGCGGACUUCAAGCUCAUCGCCAAGGCCUUCAGUCGCAUCGGGAAUGCGUACAGGAAGCUGGAGGACUGGAAGUCGGCCAAGACGUACUAUGAGAAGUCCAUGUCUGAGCACAGAACGCCCGAGGUGAAGACGCUGCUCAGUGAGAUCGAGCGGAAGAUCAAGGAGGAGGAGCGCAAGGCUUACAUCGAUCCGGAGAAGGCGGAGGAGGAGAAGGAGAAGGGCAACGAAGCCUUCAAGCGGGCCGAGUACAGUGUCGCCGUGAAGCACUACACAGAGGCCAUCAAGAGGAACCCCGAGGAUCCCAAGCUGUACAGCAACCGGGCGGCGUGCUACACGAAGCUGGCCGCCUUCGAUCUGGGCCUCAAAGACUGUGACAUGUGCGUGAAGCUGGACGAUAAGUUCAUCAAGGGGUGGAUCCGAAAGGGCAAAAUCCUGCAGGGCAUGCAGCAGCAGUCGAAGGCGCUUCAGGCAUAUCAGAAGGCACUGGAACUGGACCCGUCGAAUGCUGAGGCUCUCGAGGGCUAUCGCACCUGCACCAUGGCUGUCAAUUCGAAUCCCGAGGAGGUGUUGAGAAAAGCCAUGUCCGAUCCGGAGGUACAACAGAUCCUGCAGGAUCCAGCCAUGCGCCUCAUCUUGGACCAAAUGCAAGAGGACCCGAAAGCUGUGCAGGAGCAUCUCAAGAAUCCAGCUAUUGCCAGCAAAAUCCAGAAGCUUCUCGAGUGCGGCAUCAUCAAGAUUCACUAAACUACUGCGCUGACAAAAAAGUGUGUGCGUUUGAGAAAGGAGAGAAAUUGAUGAGAAAUAUUCCUUAACUUUAGUUUACAUGGGAUUACAGAUAUCGGAAUUCGAUCUAAUUAAACUACACUGCAUUGAUCGAAAUACAGAUAAUUUUAUCA